AUGGAUGUUGGCACUCCGGGCAUAUAUGGGAGUGUAUUGCACACAGCAGCAUAUGAGGGCCAUGUGGAAGUUUGUCAGCUACUUCUUGAUAAAGGCGCAGACGUCAAUAGUCAUGCGGAGCCGUUUGGCAAUGUGCUGCAGGCAGCUGUCUAUGGCGACCACCCUCUGAUCGCUCGGAUGCUUCUUGAAAGAGGGGCUGAUAUAACAGCACCAGGAUCCCGUUAUGCUGAUAUUCUCCACACCACGUCAACCUUUGGCCGCUUUCAGAUCCUUCAGUUACUACUGGAUCAAUGUGACAUUGAUCCAUUCAGUGCAUCCUACAACCGUGCUCUGCAGGCUGCUUUAGAUCACGAAGGAACUGCAUUACAUAUUGCUUCUUCCAUGGGCCACACGCGGAUCAUUCAGCUCCUCCUGGACCACGGAGCUGAUAUCGAGGCUCAAGGUGGAUACUUUGGUACAGCACUACAGGGCGCUGCAGCAUAUGGACAGAUUUCAGCCGUAAGAUUGUUACUCCAUAAAGGCGCUCGUGUCAAUGAGCAAGGAGGACAUUAUGGCAAUGCGCUACAGGCAGCAUCAUAUGGAGUCUCUUCGACGACGGCGAUAGUGCAGCUCUUGCUUGACAACGAAGUAAAUGUUAAUGCUGAAGGGGGAUACUUUGGAACAGCCUUGCAAGCUGCAUGCUAUAGAGGCAAUGUCCAGAUUGCCAGAUUGCUAUUGGAAAAUGGAGCCGAUAUGCAACUGGUUCAGCUACUACUUGAUCAUGGUGCGGAUGUCAACGUUGGGGGUGGGAGAUAUGACUCUCCUUUGAAGGCGGCUUUGUCGAAGAGGAAUUUUCAGGUCGCUCACUUGUUGCGGAAACAGGGUGCUCAACUCCCGGCAUUGGUAUAG